CUCGCCAUCUCCUCUCUCUCUCUCUCUCUCCAUCUCUCUCUCUCUCUCUCUCUCCCCCUCUCCUCGACGUGGUAGGGAUCGGGAGCUCCGCCGCGGGAGGUGGUGGCGAUGUCGCAACCUGCGGCUGUGGCGGCGGCGGCGGCGGCGCCGCCGCCGGGGGCGGGGCGGCCGGGGAGGCCGGCGCAGGGCGGCUUCGGGCAAACAGUGUCGGGGAUUGUGCGGAUGGCGGUGUUCUGGUACUUCGCCUCCAAGUUCUUCUCCCCCAAGAGGCCCUCCGAACCCUCGGUGCUCAUCUCCAACCUCUUCCAAAAGGGCGAGACCCUGGAUAUGUGGCUAUAUUUAUCUGAAAAGGAAACGUUCAACGACUUCAAUGAUGAAGAGGCCCUCGUUUGGCAUGAGACAAAUGUGCCAUAUGCUAUAUGGGGACCUGCUAGCACCAGAUCUCAUUCAAUGACAUAUUAUCCAUCGGAGGCCUUGAAACAUAAUGGGAGCCUCUAUGCGCAUGUUUUCUUUGCCCGCUCUGGCUACCCAGCAGAUCCUAGUGAUCCUGAGUAUGAUCCGAAAUCUGCCUUUGGGAGGACACAUCCUGUUGUGGUGUUCCUGCCAAAGUCGAAAGUGGACAAAAGGAAGAGCUUACUGGGAGAUUCUAAGAGUUCAUCGGAAGAGGAGCCACUUCCCAAGGAUGAUGAUACACAGCUUGAAGCUAAAGAUGAAGGUCCUUUAGAAUUUGUUUCAUAUUGGAAGCCCAAUAUCACCAUUAAUCUCGUUGAUGAUUUUACCCGGUACCCUCAUAACAACAUUCCUCAAACGGUUGCUGGUCAUUUGAAUGUGGACCCAAUAACUGGGAACUACUAUCCGACAGUAUACUUCAAUGAAUUUUGGCUUUUGAGGGAUAAAUUGAUUCCACUCAAUGAAACAGUGAAGGAAUUGCCUCUUAACCUCGAACUCAGUCCAAUUAGUAUGACCAAGUGGCAGUUAUUCUUACAGAUUGAGCAGUCAUUCCAGGUUCAUCGCAGUUAUGGAAGCAUGCUUGAAGGCGAGACCGAUGAACUUAAGAGGGUGUUCUUGGAAGGAAACCCAUACCUUUUGGUAGUAACAAUGGUCGUUUCCCUACUGCAUUCUGUGUUCGAUUUCUUGGCUUUCAAGAAUGAUAUUCAAUUUUGGAACAAGAACAAGUCUAUGGAGGGGUUAUCUGCUAAAUCAGUGGUUGUGAGCUUUAUAUGUCAGCUGGUUGUUUUCCUUUAUCUCCUUGACAAUGAGACUUCAUGGAUGAUCCUUGCAAGUUCUGGAGUCGGCUGUUGCAUUGAGUUUUGGAAAAUUGGGAAAGCCAUGCACAUUGAGAUUGACAGAAGCGGAAAGAUUCCCAUGUUAAGGUUCCGGGACCAUGACUCAUAUGCGAAGAAUAAGACCAAGGAAUAUGAUGACAUUGCAAUGAAAUACUUGUCGUAUGUUCUUUUCUUCCUUGUGGCUUGUUCCUCCGUCUAUUCUCUCAUGUAUGAGAAGCACAAGAGCUGGUAUUCUUGGAUACUCUCUUCUCUCACUAGCUGCGUCUACAUGUUUGGUUUUAUCAUGAUGUGCCCGCAGCUCUUCAUAAACUACAAGCUUCAGUCGGUGGCACAUAUGCCUUGGAGACAGAUGACAUACAAAUUCCUCAACACUAUCAUCGACGACCUUUUCGCUUUUGUCAUCAAAAUGCCGAUGCUUCAUCGGCUCUCUGUUUUCCGAGACGAUGUAAUUUUCUUGAUAUACCUAUAUCAGAGGUGGAUAUAUCCGGUCGAUAAGAAGCGAGUAAAUGAGUUUGGUUUCGGAGGUGAAGAUGAAGACAAGGGGAAAGAGAACCUUCUAACAAACGAAGCAACAGCAGCUCAAGAUGGUGCCGCGACAUCCGACGCUGCGACGUCCGAUGAAAGCAAGAAGACCAAGUGAUCUCAGAGAUGAAACUUUUAAGGGACUUCACUUCGCUGCAAGAGUCUGCAGACUCAUUCUAGUAAUGUUUGGAACUUCAUUUCACUGCACGAGUCUAUAGACUCAUUCUAGUAAUGUUUCUCCGUGGGCCAUUGAUGCAGCCCACUUCCUGCUGGGGCCCAUCCCUGCUAUGCGCCAAAAUUUUUAUGGUUUAAGUUUUAGAUGAAAUUCGCUGAAAUUGCAUUGCUGACCAUAAGAGAAUCAUGCAAUUAUUUUACACUAAUAACAGUUAGGUUUUGGUGUAUGGUUUUGUUUACGUUAGAGUGUGAUAACACUGGAUUAAAUGUAAUGACGUUUGAGUCAUGACUUAAUGUUUUAUUCUUUCGGAUGUUGCGGUGGUGCGGGCGACCGCAGUCGGCGGUUUCUCCUUUCGUUUACUGAAUUUGGAAUAUGAAGUUUUGAGUUGGUUUCGCUCU